AUGUCGCGAAUUUUGGUGUUUGGUAGUGGAAGCGUUGGCACCAUGUACGCCAUGCUUCUAUCAAGAGCAGGGGCUGACAUAGCAUGCGUGUGCCGCUCAAACUAUGAACCGGCGCUUUCACGUGGCUUCACCGUUCACUCGACUCUAUUCGGAAACCAAACUUUCAAACCGAGGGUGGCCAAGUCUGUGCAAGAAGCCGUAGACAAUCAGGCAUCCUCAGUGCCCUUUGACUUUAUCGUCGUAUGCGUCAAAGCAGUCGACACUGGCGUCUCCCCGGCCGAAAUGAUCAAGCCUGCUGUUCGCGAAUCGCACACGAGCAUUGUGGUUAUUCAAAACGGGCUGGGUGUUGAAGCGAUUUACCACCAGGCAUUUCCACGCAACACGGUGAUUUCUGGUGUUACAUACAUGCCGACUUCCCAAGUCGAGCCCUGCGUGGUGUCGCACUCGGAAACGCAAACCCUAUUUCUAGGCCCGUACCCGACCGAGCUCACUACUCCAGCCGAUAAGAGCAGCACUGAAGCCUUUUCACAGCUCAUUGUAGCCGCGGGUGCAAAUGCAACCGUUUGCGACGAUAUCCAGGUCGAGCGAUGGAAGAAGCUGAUUGGCAACACGACAUGGAACCCGGUUUGCGCCCUAUCCCGGUGUCGCGAUCUGCAGUUUCUGCACGCCACUCCCGACAUAGCGCAGGGGUUUAUUACAGAGUCAAUGCGCGAGGUGGUGGCAGUUGCUAGCACACUUGGCUAUGGCGAUGUCAUCCGAGAAGAUGCCGUACAGGCACAGAUACAGCGAAGUAAGACUCGGCAGUGGCCGGGUGUGCAGCCGAGCAUGCUGGCAGACAUCGAAAAUGACCGGCCUGUAGAGGUCGAGGCUGUUAUAGGAGAGGUUGUGAGGAUCGCAAGAAAACACCAAGUCAGUGUGCCUAGACUGGAGACAUUGUACGUGCUGCUCAAGGGCUACGACUACCAUUUGAGGGCAAAGCAGAUUUAG